AACACCGAAACGAAGUUCCGGCGGUUAAAAACAGGAGUACAAAACCCCAACUAAAUCUCCAUAGUCUCAACCUUGUCCUCUUCCCAUCCACUUGGCCGAUCACUUCCGCGCUUGCUCACUGAGUCAACCAAACUCGCCGCCAUGGGCCGCGUCCGAACGAAGACAGUGAAGAAAUCCACGCGCCAAGUGAUCGAGCACUACUACUCUCGAAUGACCCUGGACUUCCACAUCAACAAGAAGCUCCUGUGCGAGGUCUCCACCAUCCCCACCAAGCGACUCCGGAACAAGAUCGCCGGAUUCUCAACCCACCUCAUGAAGCGGAUCCAGAAGGGACCCGUCCGCGGAAUCUCCCUCAAGCUCCAGGAGGAGGAGCGCGAGCGUCGCAUGGACUUUGUCCCCGACGUCUCCACCAUCAGGACCGAUCAGAUCGAGGUCGAUAAGGAGACCCUCGAUAUGCUCUCUUCACUCGGAAUGAGCGACAUUCCCGGUCUGGUUCGGGUCGACUCCGUUGCUGUGCAGACUCACCCUUUAGGAUUUGGCCGUGCCAGUGGAGCUGGGAGGAGGUACUGAUUCGGACUUUUGGGGAAAUAAUGGUUCUUUCGGUUGAGUUUAGAGUUGGAAAGGUUUUUGUUUUAAUUUUUUGAUGAUAUACUUGUUGGGUUUGCGAUAGUUUUAAGAUUUUCGCAUCUGAGAGUAGUUUUUUUUUCAAAUAGUUUAUUUUUUCAUAAAAAUCCCUCAUUUUUAUGUUAAAAUUUAGAGAUCAUAUUUAUUUCCUGUUCAUUUUUAUAUAUUUAUGAAUUAAAGAACUUAUGAUAUUAUGAGAGAUCA